AUGGCCAGCGGUGGCUACGACGAAGCAGCCCGUGGACUUCUGGUGCUUUUGUGUGGAAUUCCAGGCUGCGGCAAAGACUUGAUCGGGAGGAGCUGCGCACAGGUUUUGAACGGUGCCGCGCUGUCACAGGAUGAACACCAAGGAAAUGCCACCUCAACGUUGGCAAAGUUCGAAUCGCUACUUUUGCAAGGUACUUCACCUAUCAUCGUUCUGCGUAAUGGUGUGGAUGUUGGGGAUCGACUUCCAUAUGUAAUCUCAGCGCGGCGCAGUGGCUACAGAGUCACAGCGGUUUGGCCUGAAGAGAUUUCGAGUGAUCAGAGCGCCCGCAGAGCCGCCAUUUUCUUAGCCAGCCUUGCUGGCUGCUAUGGACGCUUAAGUGAAGGAGGUCGGUCUGGCCAUGAAACAUUGACAGUGACUGACAACCUGUCCAAACCCGCACAGGUAUGCCUCAAUUUCUUGCAGAUGUUCCGAGCACCAUCAGCGCCAGGGGAAGUUGAUGCUGUUUGCAGAAUGCCCUUUUUGCAAUCGAACCUGGCAUCAUUUGAGGAGAGCUUAACCGGCAAGUUGUCAGACAUUCAGACUGACAUGUGCAAGGGAAAGGCGCUUCCAGACUUUGUAAAGAAAGCAUUUGUCGGCAAUUUCGAAGGAACCAAGAUGAAGAUCAUGAAGUGGGGUGAAGCACGUCGAUCAUCUGAAGAGAUCAUUACUGAGUUGCUUGUGUUCCUUCGAAACCAGAUCUCCAUCAAGGCCGUACCUCCCCCUCCUGCCCCUACAGCUGUCGACACCAAACGUUUGCAGCGCGCAGCGAAGAUUCGGGCAGCCGUCGAGCAUUUAGUGUCACCCUUCAAUCUGUCGGCUUGUCGAGAGGGUGGCACCACAGUGACUCUCUGCAGGUGGUUGACCGUGGAGGAUCGUUUACGUCCAGCGUGGCCCAGCAGCUAUUUUGCGGGCGCACCGCAGCUGAAGAAAUGGGGAACAACGGCUCAGGAUGUGUUGGACGCAGCACAGGAAAGCCUUGAUGCCUUGGCUCCUCUCCAGGAGGGCGACAAAGGCGUGCGCGUGCAACUGCUCAACCAAGAGGGUGCGGUUUAUGUCAGCCCAGUUGACCCUUUGCCUGAGGCUUCAUUGCUCAAGCUCAGAUGUCCUGACAUCGAGCGGGCACGGUGA